GAUUAUAUUGCAUAAAUAGGAGGUACUUGUGAACGACUUUAAACAAGGACACUGUGUGCUAUAUUAAUACUUUUCCUAGAUUUCUGUUGUGCUUCCUGGAUUUUUGAUGAAGUCCACUCAUCCUGUGUACUUGGUGCUGCAUCCAGGUGUAGAAGAUUACAUUGCUUCUAUAUCGUUACUAGUCGCUGUAGCUCCAGUUUGUCAUCAGGACUUGAAUUUCUGAGAAGAGUCCAAGGAUCUGAAGCUGAGCACAUUAAAGAACACGGUGGAAAUGGAUCUGCCAAACCAUGCCAAACAACUGCUGCUUCAGCUGAACCAGCAAAGAGCCAAAGGCUUCCUUUGCGAUGUCAUCAUUGUAGUAGAAAAUGCCCUGUUCCGGGCACACAAGAAUAUUUUGGCCGCCAGCAGCAUGUACUUUAAGUCCCUUGUUCUCCAUGACAACCUAAUUAAUUUGGAUACGGACAUGGUGAAUCCAGCAGUUUUCCGACAAAUUCUGGACUUUAUCUACACUGGUAAACUUUUACCAUCUGAGCAACCAGGAGAGCAAAACUUCAAUGCUCUACUCACUGCUGCAAGCUACCUCCAACUCCAUGACUUGGCAGCUCUCUGCCGUAAGAAACUGAAGCGUGGUGGAAAGCCAUUUGUUGGUAAGCUGGGAGUGCCUAGCAUAGGCAGGGUUGGAAGGAGUCAUAGGCUCUCUGCUCCUCAACUUUCCCACAUGCGGUUCUCUGGGUCUGUAGAUGACUCCAAGGAAUCACACUCAAAUGAAUUAUCCAAAGUUUCAGGGCCAGAAGAUGAGAUCUUUGUAGGGACAUCCAAGCAGGAAAACAACCACCCUUUGAAAAGAGGAGCAGGAAGCAACAACAGCCUCAAUAACAGCACUAAUGGGAGUGACCAGGAACUAGGCCUUGACCUUUCAAAAAAAAGCCCUUUACCUGCACAAGAUGAAGUUGCGCAUUCAGACAGCCGUGCAGGCUCUCCCCAAUCUGCCUCAGCAUCUGUAACCAACAGUGCCUCAUAUGAAGAAUCCGCCCUCCAGAAUAGAGAAAUGAAUGAACCAAUGGAAUUGGAAGAAAACCAUUCUGAAGCGGGGCCAAAGAAAAACCUCCGCCUUACCUCCCGUAAAAAGGAGUGGGACAGAAAAGAAGACGAGAAGUCUGUAGAAGAAGGAGGGACCAUACCCAACGGAGUGAUUGUGGGGCCUUUGUCAAAGGAAAGAAAUUCUGGGGGAGUCUAUGGCUCCGACCAAACCUUCCAUUGCAAGGAGGAGAUGGAAAAUGGCAAGGACAACAGUGAAGAAAGUGGGCAUAGUGACAAUGAGUGCAACGAGCAUCCAAAUGCCAAUUACGUCUAUCGGCAGGAAGGUUUUGAGACUGUGCCAUUCGGGGAUAACCUAUAUGUCUGUAUACCAUGUGGGAAAGGCUUUCCCAACUCUGAGCAACUGAAUGCUCAUGUGGAAACACACACCGAAGAAGAGCUGUAUAUCAAAGAGGAAGAUUCCUAUAGUAAAGACGAAGCAGAGGAUCUGUCUACUCCCAACACCACCUUUCCUAAUGAAUCGCGGCCAUUCAAGUGUUCAGUGUGUGAGAGGAGUUACAAGGAUCCAGCCACCUUGCGACAGCAUGAGAAGACACACUGGCUGACCCGUCCCUUCCCCUGUAACAUCUGUGGUAAGAUGUUUACCCAGCGGGGCACAAUGACCCGUCAUAUGAGGAGCCACCUAGGGCUCAAGCCCUUUGCCUGUGAAGAGUGCGGGAUGCGCUUUACAAGGCAAUAUCGACUGACCGAGCACAUGCGUGUCCACUCAGGGGAAAAGCCCUAUGAAUGUCAGCUUUGCGGGGGUAAAUUCACCCAGCAGCGCAACUUGAUCAGUCACUUGCGUAUGCACACCUCCCCAUCAUAAACCAAAGACUCACAAGACAUCCUAAGAAUGUGCUUCUCUUGUGCACACAAACUCACACACACAAACCAAUUUACCUUCCUGAUGACUUGCUGCUUUAAGGGUACCCUGUUUUCCAGUUAGGUCGUAUCAGAGAUGGUAGAGAGGGGGUGUAAAGCCUCACCUGAGCUUUAACAUAUAACGUAAGAUGACUUCUCAACUUAUGGUACGUAGGAAGUCAAUGUUGCACCUCAGCUUCCCUCCAUGAAACUCAGACGAGUUUUGGCAUGAAAUCCUUGUCGCCCCAUUUUACUUUCCAACCCCCAAGCUCCUACACAAAGACUUUAUGGCCCCUAUUAAUAAGAAAUAGGCUGCACUAUACCUGCAUGAUGCUGGCAGGGGCACUGUCAUUCGUUCUCAAAUGCAGGGAAGCAUCAUUUUUUGCAGUCAGUCCUAUGGUCGUGUGUUCAAGGGAUGUGGGGUAAAUUUGGGACAGGGCAAAUAAUGGCAAAUUAAUGUGUGGCAUGUUAUCCUGUACCCUCUUGUCCACCUCCUUUCCGCAUCUUGGCACGCUUACAAAUGUCCAGCCUUAAAAGAUGCUGGCCUUCUGUGUUGAUCAGUGUAUGAAAACCAAGGCAACCUCACAACUCCCUCCCCUGGUUACCACAGAGGGUUCCAAGGCUGGACCAUGCCACGUACCUCUUUUUCACACCAAUGACUAGGUAGUUGAGGCUGGCUGGUACUUUCCUGAGGCUCUCAGUGGUUCAUGGCUGUGAAUUUUUUGCAUGUUCCCUAGUAUUUUUUUUCUUCUCGGUAACCUUAACACCCUUUCAUCAUUGACUGGAAACUUUGUGUUCAACAGGUGCACCCACGUGAACCAGUGGGAGGGGAGUCUGUUUUUGUUUAGCCACACUUCUGUGUUUUGUUUUCCUGUGCGUUAUAGGUACCUGUCUCUAAGUUAUUGGAGACUUGUUUGAUUUACUCUUGAAUCUGUGAAUUUUAAACUGGAAGAUUUUGAGGGGGAGGGGUUAUCUCUUGGUGGGGGUUAGGUUUGGAUUUUUGCUUUUCUCAUCGUAUGUAUGCAUUGUUGGGGUUCUGAUGAGGAGUGGGUACAUACAUACCACAUGUUCUGUUAAAUGCUCAGAGUGCCACAUCAGAGAAUAUAGUGCUUCUUCUAUGUGGCCCUGAAUACAGUGUCAGGACACAGGCAAAUUGCUCAAUGUCACAAAGAAAGCAAUUUUUUUUUUGCAAGGAUGACCAAUACUGUCCAGUCUGGUAGCAAAGGGUAAUGAACCAAAUAGUCAUUCAGGACAAGCUCUUUUUGAUGGCCCCACAAGUUGCUCCCCUUUCUGUGUGUGUGAGUGCAUGUGUCAGCCGGUCCCGUUUUCUGUGCAGAGAGCUGUACGCUGAAUGGGAUGCUAUGAACUAGUACAUUUUUUUUGUUGCUACCUCUUAAAAUCUUGAUAAAUGGGAUGCUUUUUAGUAAGCAGGUUUUUCAAGUAGAUAUUUUUCACUUUUUUUUCUUCAUGUAAGUAAAUAUGUAAAUUUUGGACAUUUAAAUUAAAUGGGAAACAUAAAAAAAUGAAAAGCCGACGUUCUAAGAAAAUGACCACCCUCUCCCAGCCCAUGCCUGCCAAAGAUAGGCCAAAGAAAUCAAAUUAGAAGCAAACCAAAAUAAAGCCCUUUGCCCCUCUAGGUGGUGACUAAGGGCCCCUCUUGUUUAGCUUGGGUAUUCUAGAUGCUCUUCUAGAGGGCAUACGGCUUACACCUCCACUUUCAUAACCCAUUCCAUUCAAGGGAAAUGCAGCUUCACCCUAAGGCACAUGCAGGGCUACAACAUCAUAUAACUGAAGUUUUAUCUUCCAAAAUCAUUCUUUUGAUUAUACAGUACUUUAUUUGAACCACUUUUUUGUGUCGAGCGCAUUUAUGGUUAUUGAUUGUUUUUUUUUCUCCAGUUUAUAGUAAACCGAAGUUCAUCUUAGUGUGGUAAAUAAGUUACUUUUGAAAGCAUUUGUACAAAUUGUAGGAUUAAAGAUAAUCUUGCUAUGUUUCUUCAUCAGAUGAGCAUGACCCGUCAUAUUCAGAGAAAAUAACAGUCCAAUUAGUGUUCUGUUUUUAUACUAAAAAUUAUAAAAAAGUAUACAUCUGUAAAGGAUG